UUCCUGGAGCAGCAAUUCACCUUGGAGGAAACUACCUGCCUGACUAUUGGGUUGGGCAAUAAUUAACCUUCUUUCUGCAUUGUCUCAUCAUAAUUAUAUGAUGUUUGCUUGCUGACUGAGACUUUGGAAUUUCUUCCAAAUAUACAUCAGAAAUGUAGGUUGCAGAAUCUUUGCAGGGAAAGCUGGGAGAACUCAAAUUAACAGCUGAUUAGUAAAUAUGGUACAGAGGAGGAGGCAGAUCUGUAAGAAUGACAAUCUUAACCCAAAUGUAAGUGUAUUUCAGAGAAAAUAUGUGAACGAAGUGAAGAAAUGUGAAGAGAUGGAAAGAAUACUUGGGUAUUUAGUACAAGAAAUUAAAAAAGCAGGUAUUUCACUCCCUGAAGGAGAUGUUGCUCCUCCUGCUCCCUUGCUGAAGCACAUUUUAGAAAUCCAGGAACAGCUGCAGAAGCUGGAGACAGAAUUGAGGGAAGUAACUAAAAACAAAGAAAAACUGCGGAAAAACCUGCUUGAGCUGACAGAAUACAAGUACAUGUUGAAGGUCACACAGAGCAUUGUCAGGAGAACAUCUGAGUAUGAAUCUCAUUUACAUGCAAAUUAUGAAGAAUUUCCAUCUGUGGAAAAUGAGCCAUUAGUGGAUUACAACUGUAUGCACAGACUGAGUGCCAGGCUGGGAUUCAUAUCUGGGUUAGUUCACAGAGCAAAAAUUGAAGCAUUUGAAAAAACACUGUGGAGAGUGUGUAAAGGUUAUCCCUUCCUUACCUAUGCAGAGCUGGAUGAGGCUCUGGAAGAUCCAGAUACAGGUGAAACCACAAGGUGGGUUGCUUUCUUGGUGUCCUAUUGGGGUGAGCAACUUGGCCAAAAAGUAAAGAAGAUUUGUGAUUGCUAUCACUGCCAUGUGUAUCCCUACCCAAACAACACCGAGGAGCGCCGGGCAGUUGUCGAAGGACUAAACGUUCGUAUUCAGGAUCUUACUACUGUGCUGAAUAAAACCGAGGAAUACUUACACCAGGUGUUGUGUAAAGCGUCGGAAUCCAUCUAUACCUGGGUCAUCCAGGUGAAGAAGAUGAAAGCCAUUUACCAUGUACUCAACCUGUGCAGUUUUGAUGUCACAAAGAAGUGUUUAAUUGCUGAGGUUUGGUGUCCAGUGGCUGAUCUCCAGAGUUUGCGCCAGGCAUUGGAGGAAGGUUCAAGGAAGAGUGGAGCUACAAUUCCCUCAUGCAUGGAAACCAUCAGGACAACACAACCUCCUCCAACUUUGAUACGUACCAAUAAAUUCACCUCAGGGUUCCAGAACAUUGUUGAUGCUUAUGGAGUUGGAAGCUAUGGGGAAGUUAAUCCAGCUCUCUACACCAUCAUCACCUUCCCCUUCUUCUUUGCUGUUAUGUUUGGAGACUUUGGGCACGGGCUGCUCAUGUUCCUGUUUGCACUCCUGACAAUACUGUAUGAGAACCACCCCAGGUUAAAAAGAUCACAAGAUGAGAUAAUGAAAAUGUUAUUUGAAGGCCGAUACGUGAUUUUGUUGAUGGGUCUGUUUUCUAUAUACACUGGAUUGAUUUACAAUGACUGUUUUUCCAAGUCAAUAAAUAUAUUUGGGUCUGGAUGGAAUGUUUCAGCAAUGUUUGAGCAGAAGGUUUGGCGCCUCGAGGAUCUGAAAUCUAAUAAAUUUUUAGCACUGGAUCCAAAUGUUUCUGGUGUAUACAAUGGAGCUUAUCCCUUUGGAAUUGACCCGAUAUGGAACUUGGCAAGCAACCGCCUCACUUUUUUAAAUUCUUUCAAAAUGAAAAUGUCGGUGAUUUUUGGAGUGACUCACAUGACUUUUGGAGUUGUGUUGGGGCUGUUUAACCACUUGCAUUUCAAGAAAACUUAUAAUAUUUACUUGGUUUUUAUUCCUGAGCUGUUAUUCAUGAUGUGCAUCUUUGGCUACCUUGUGUUUAUGAUCUUCUUUAAAUGGUUGGCUUACUCUGCAGAGGACUCCACGUCUGCUCCCAGUAUUCUGAUUCAAUUUAUUAACAUGUUCCUGUUUCCUGGUGGUGGUGGUGAAACAAAGGGCCUCUACCCUGGCCAGGCUCCCCUGCAGAGGUUUUUACUUAGUGUUGCUUUUCUUUGUGUUCCUGUUAUGCUUCUUGGGAAACCACUGUAUUUAUAUUGGUUGCACAGCGGAGGCCGAGGCAUCAGAAUGUGCAGGAGUGGCUACAGACCAAUCCGAAAAGAAAGUGAAGAGGAACUUUCUCUCCUGUCAUGUCCUGAUGUGGAGGAAGGCAGCAGCCAUGCAGACAGCGGGCCCAGAGAAGGGGAUGCAGAGGAGCUGAAUUUUGCAGAUGUUUUUAUGAAUCAGGUGAUUCACACCAUCGAAUACUGUCUGGGAUGUAUUUCUAACACAGCCUCAUACCUGAGACUCUGGGCAUUAAGUCUUGCUCAUGCACAGUUAUCUGAAGUUCUGUGGCAGAUGGUGAUGAGGGUGGGGCUCCGUGUGGACACCACGUACGGUGUCUUGCUGCUGGUCCCUGUCCUGGCCUUCUUUGCUGUGCUGACAGUUUUUAUCCUGUUGAUCAUGGAGGGGCUUUCUGCUUUUCUCCAUGCCAUACGACUUCACUGGGUGGAAUUUCAGAACAAAUUCUACUCUGGUGCAGGAUACAAGUUUACGCCUUUCUCUUUUAAGCACAUUUCUUUACAUUUUAAUAAAGAUGAUGUAUGAUAGUUUGGCUGCUGUCAGCAGAAAUGUUUGGAAUUGUCUGCAAAUAACCGCGUGAUUGGAUCUUGCCUAUGAAUGGUUUCUUGUGGAAGAAAGUGGUUUUCACUGAUUGCCUUAUAACGCAGCCAAAUAAUACUGUAAAAUAUACCUCCCAUAGAAAGACAUCACAGAUCUGGAGCAUCUUGUAAAGUAUAUGGAUAUAAAAUGUACAUUUUUCUUGAUAAA